AGUUCUCUCAGACGGGACAGCGUUGCCUAGCAGCUGCGCAGAGAGGACUCUUUAUACUCACAUCAGGAUCCACCUCCGGGCUCUGUCUAAUACCUGACCCCCUUCUUUAACACCGAGGAUCUGUCUAAUACCUGUGACUCUAACAUGCCCAACAUGCCCCAGACCGUGACUCUACAGGGACCCUCUCCUUGGGGGUUCCGCCUGGUGGGAGGACGGGACUUCAGCACGCCGUUAACCGUCUCCAGGGUAACACCAGGCAGCAAGGCGGCCCAAGGUGACCUGUGUCCAGGCGACACCAUCCUGGCUAUCAACGGAGACAGCACGGAGCAGAUGACGCACAUGGAGGCUCAGAACAGGAUCAAGAACUGCACUGUGCAGCUCUCCCUCCACAUCAGCAGGUCAGGCUCAGGAGACCGAGUGUGGUCGCCAACAGUGAGCGAAGACGGCAAGACGAGCCCUUACAUGGAGCCUGACUCACAGAACUUCCGUCCCAUCACCAGCGGGUACAGCGGAUACGGCCGCAAGUCUUCGUACACCCCUGAACCUCAGUCCCCGCUGCCGAUCCAGUCCCCGCUGCCGGUCCAGUCCCCGCUGCCGGUCCACUCCCCGCAGACCCCCCAGCCCACUCACCUAAACAACGGGCACUCCAGACCCAACAACGGGCACAGCUACGGAUACGGGAACGGGACCGGGCCCGCUCAGUACAACAACCCAGCUGGACUUUAUUCCCACAACGGGAGCAACGGAGAGAGAGCGCUGCCAAGCAAGAUGGGAGGACUCAGCCUCAGCGCCACGCACAGCCCGGAGCCUCCCUCACACUCCCCCGUGAGCCGGAACGGUUUCGACGUUCAGUCAGACGUCCUCAAGAUGCUGCAGGACCCCGCAGAGCCCGUCUCUGAACCCAAACAGUCCGGCUCCUUCAAGUAUCUGCAGGGAAUCCUGGAGGCAGAGGAUGGAGGUGUGUCCCCAACAGACAGGAUGAGAAACUUAAAGUCUCCAAUCAGGUCUCCAAUCCCCAAACUGGGCAGCCCCAUCCCCAGCCCCAUGCCUGGUCUCCAGAAGCUGCCCCAGUGCACGCGCUGCUAUAACGGCAUUGUCGGCACCAUCGUGAAGGCCCGGGACAAGCUCUACCACCCCGAGUGCUUCAUGUGCGACGACUGCGGCGUCAACCUCAAGCAGAAAGGCUACUUCUUCAUCGAGGACAAUCUGUACUGUGAGAUACACGCCAUGGCUCGCGUCCAGCCCCCAGAGGGCUACGACGUGGUCGCCGUUUACCCCAACUCUAAGGUGGAGCUGGUCUGAGGGGGAGCGGGAGAGCUUUACUGUAAUAUAACAGGGAAACUAAAAUCUGGGAGAGCGGGGCGGGCUACUGAGUAUCCGAGCUUAUCGGUCUCUGUCACGCAGGAAUGCAGAUCUUGGAUCAGUUCUGCCUUUAGGGGAGUCGUAUGAAAUCUGUGAUCCAAGAUAAGCAUUUACUCUGACAGAGUGAUAAAGUGUGUGUAUAUUGAGAAUAUUGAAAUAUAAUGAUGACAGAAUAAGGUUUGGAUGAGAGGAGGAUCCCCAAACUCAAACUCAUGAAACAACUGACAGUUCAUGCUGCGUCUCCGCCUGACAGCCCCAGCUCUCAAUCAGGGUUUACUUUGGAUUCAGGACUCACCAGAAAUAUUAAUCCAUGGAGGUCAUAUCAAAGAAGAAUGGGUUCACAUGGAAGUUCAUGUAAAAAUAUCAGCAGAAUAUUUCAUUUCAUUACAAAGACACAUGAAAUGAACACAUGCAACAUGUCAGAAACAGGAAUGAGGUUCAUCACAGCAGGAGAUCCAAGCCUUCUGAUUCUGCACAUGAGUUUAACACCAGCAAAGACUUAGCAUCCCAUAAUAACCAUCACUCAAGCCUUACGCCGCGUUCACACCAAACGUCCCUUCAAACGCCGCUGCAGUCUGUCGUCAUCAAUCAUUGAACGGUGAAGCUAGUGAUGCUAAAGGGGGCGGAGCUAACUUCCUAGUACAACCAGACGAAGGUUUUCACAUCUGAUCAGAUAGUCCUCCUCCCUCUCUGUCCUCACAGUGAGCUCCUGUUUAUUCCUGAUCACAUAAAGACAGGUAGAGUCACAGAGUUCAGGGAAGCUGCUCAGAGAUACAAUCAAUGAGUCCCAGAGAUCCCAGAUGAAGGAACCUACGUCACGUCAUACGCCACUAGAGGAUCUCACGGCCAGAAUGAUUCACUGGAGUUCAGCUUUUUCAAAUCUCAUAAGUUCAUUAGCGUGCGUCUCCUCGCGUCCUUACAUCGACUUUACAUGUGCAAAGACUUUAUAGGAGUGUGGUGUGAACGCCCCAUCAGAAUCACUACUUGUGUGUGUUUGAAUCAGGUGAUCUGAGAGUUGGUCGGUGUAUUUGCUGUGAUAUAACAUCAGUCUCGUCUUCAUGGAUCAUCUACAGUCUAGUGUUCUUCAGUGUGAGCUUUGGUGCAGGGUGUGCAGGUUUCAGCGUCUUUCUAACUAUGACACAGUUACACUUAUACUCCCACCACACACAGACUUUAGUGUUUUCUUAUUCACAUCUUUGCAGUUUACUUUUCAUGACGAACGUGGGUCACUUCUUCUUCUCACUUUUCACUGUACGUAAAACAAGAAGUAACAGAUCUGGAACAAGUAUGAUUGUGAGUGUCUGUUUGAUUUGGUGACCCGGUUCACAGAACUCCUCUCCUACCCCAGAAACUCUUGAGGAGCUGCAGAGCAUUCUGGGAAGAGUUUAAAGAGUUUCUACCAGACAAGAUCACAUAAAUAAGGAAUGAAAGGUGUGAUCUGUAAGGGAUAAUGUAUCAUGAAUGAGCAGUGAUGCAUUUAGAGCCCUGACAGGGUGAGCGGGACCCUGGUGUCGCCUUAAAGCAGGGGUGUCAAACUCAUUUCAGUUCAGGGGCCACAUGCAGCCUGAGUUGAUCUGAAGUGGGCCGGACCAGUAAAACCAGAACAUAAUAACCUAUAAAUAACGACAAGUACAUUCUCAAAAUGUUCUCAUUUAAUGAACUAUCUUUCUUUUUUCACGAUGAGUCUCAUAGUGGGUUGAAUAUUUAACUCUUUAAGCCCUGAAACCUGCUGUGAACACACCAAACACACAGGUUACCCACUCACCUGACACACACAGUGUACUGUUUACUGCAGAAGAACAGAGAGAUUAGAAUAAUGAAGAAGGUAAAGUUGAUUAUUGUGGACCCCUCAGCUCCAUCAUGAACAGUGUGCUUGCUGGACAGGGGUGUAGUGCUAGUGUUAGUAGUUAGUGGAUCAUCUUAUAGUGCUCUAAAAAGUCUUUAUGAAUCGACCCCCAGAGGACACAUUUGAAGUAUUAGUUACUUUUAUUGAAAAAUUGCAGUUAAUGUCUUCUCUGUCAUUUUUUCACUUUGCAAAGUCGUUCCACGGGCCGGAUUUGAACCUCUGGCCGGCCGGUUUUGGCCCUCGGGCCGCACGUUUCACACCCCUGCCUUAAAGGGAUUCUAAUUUGCACAACUCCUCAUUCACGAUACAUCAUCCCCACUUCUUACUGAAUUGAGCUACAAACACCUUCAACCAUCAAGUUACCACCCGGCUCUCUCACUGAUCUACUGAUGCUUGAUCCUGAUUGGUCAAAACCCUUUGACUACUGUUAUUAACUUUCACUAACAUGAAGCAAACUGAUCACACGUCAUGUCAAAUCAAUCAGCAGAAAAGAGUUCAAUGAGUUUAUCCUGCCGUCAUGUUCACACCAAAGAGCUCCAGUUGGUCAGGUCAGCAGGUCUGCAGCUUCAAACACGUUCUCUGCUUCUCCUUCUCGUGUCAGCUUUUAAAAUCGGUCGUGUGCAUGUGAGGCAGGAAAACAGGACACAGAAAACUGGGGCCAAAAACAUGUGUGAGCAAUAUCCAGCGUGUUUGCUUUCUUGGACCCACAACACAGAUUCAUUACAGCUCCUCGUCAGGAGAGAGAAACUGCACGUAUGCAUCGCUGCAUUCCUGGUUCCUCUGCUGCGAGCUCAGAUUUCUGCUCAUGGCUUCAGUCUGUGAAGGAAAGUGAAACACACUUUGACAUGUCCUGGGAGAGAAGAGGAACAAAAGGGAGGGAGGGGAGAAGUGAUGACACAGAGAAGUAGUGUGGGGCUGUUUGUCGUGGAGUUGGUCAGGUUGAUUUUUCUCUUCACUCUUUGUUUAAAUGAGAAUCUGAUCUCUCUGCAGUGCUGACGUCCAUCCAUCAGUGGUGUGUAGCUUCAGCGAUCUGUCCUGUAAAUUAUGUGAAAAUGAAAUUGCUACCACGUUGUUUCUUUUGUACUGUACAUAUUUUCAUCCUGAUAUAACAUGUCACUGAAUGCCUUUCCAUACUUUGUGUCUUUAAAAGAUUUCUGUGGCACAAACCUUCUUCUUAUGUUUAACUUAUUGUUCUUUGUUUUUUGUUCUGGAGCUUUUAUUUGCUUUUUUCUAAUAACUCAAUAAAUGAGAGGUGCAUUACCCGG